CCACAAGCUCAAAUAAUAGAGAGAGAGAGUAGAGAGAGAAAAAGAGGACACACGAGUUCAAAUCCAAAGGGGCGACCUGAGAACUCCGUAGGUGGUGGCGGCGACGCGAUGUGGCGGAGAGCCUCCUCCCACCUCCAAACCCUAGCCGUGCUCCGAUCCACCCUCCGCCGCGAUCCACCCCUCAUCCGCCACCGCGGCGGCGUAGCCCUCCUCUCCUCCGCCGCGCUCCGGCGAACCUCGCCCCUUCUCGCCCCCGAUUCCGGCGAUGCCCCGGCGAAGAAGAGGGUGGAGGACGUGAUGCCGAUCGCCACGGGGCUCGAGCGCGAGGAGCUCGAGGCGGAGCUCGAGGGGAAGAAGCGGUUCGAUAUGGAUCCUCCGGUUGGACCGUUCGGAACCAAGGAAGCACCAGCUGUCAUCGAGUCCUACUAUAACAAGAGAAUUGUCGGUUGUCCUGGUGGUGAAGGAGAGGAUGAGCACGACGUCGUAUGGUUCUGGUUGGAAAAGGACAAACCACACGAAUGCCCAGUUUGCUCCCAAUAUUUUGUGCUGAAGGUGAUUGGCGACGGAGGAGAUCCGGACGGCCAUGGUGAUGAUGAUCAUCACUGACCAUGCACGCGCUUCCGCAGAAUAAAAAUUGGUUGCGAAGAUGAGGUCUGUAAUACUUUGUAGCAUCGAGACAGCUUUGUGCUUUCUCUUCCCGACAAGUAUUCUUGUUCUUGACCAUGAAUCUGGUGGUUUUCUUUAUCUGAGAAUUUUGCUUAUUCCCGCAAUUCGACCUGUGAAUUUCUUAGCAUUUUUAUAAUGCAUCAAAUAAUGGAGGGACUCGUUGAUCGUCGAUUAUUCUGUUCUUUCGUCUGUUUCCAUUACCAACCGUUUGAUGGAUUCCUCUGUUUGGGGUAAUCUGUAGUGUCUUGUACAUUCAAUUUGACGAUUUCUUUUUUCUUU